UCAAAAAUCACCAGAGAAGAAACAGCUACUGUUCCUUGAUUGCGGAAAAACAUUAGAGCUUGUAGAAGAUAAACAGUUAAACACUCCACAAACAGGGAGGAGAACAGCGCGUAAUACAGUGUAUUUUUUUUACUCUGCAGUGCUCGUUUUUAUUCAGAUUAACUGUGGGUAACUUUGUGUUGUAGAAACUGUGUGUGUUUACGCUGUGUGAGCUGAUUCUGCGGGUUAGUUAGUUAGAGUUAGCCGGUUAGCUCUAACUGAACUCAGCCUCAUUUCUCCUGAAAUCUUUAAAUGUUUUAAUUCUGGAGUGAAUAACUCGGGAGUCGGCAGCAGCGGUCUCUUUCUUUCUGUCUGUUCUGCUCUGCUCUGUUGAAGUCUGUUCGGGUUCUGGGACUCUGAGGAGCAGCCAUGCACAGGAGAGGAGUCGGGGCUGGAGCCAUCGCCAAGAAGAAACUCGCAGAGGCAAAGUACAAAGAAAGAGGGACAGUCCUGGCUGAAGAUCAGAUUAUACAGAUGUCUAAACAGUUAGAAACCUUUAAAACCCAUCUGGAGGAAUUUGCCAGCAAACACAAGCAAGAGAUUCGAAAGAGUUCACAGUUCAGAGUUCAGUUCCAAGAAAUGUGUGCUACAAUAGGAGUCGACCCACUAGCAUCCGGUAAAGGAUUUUGGUCAGAGAUGCUUGGAGUUGGAGAUUUCUACUACGAGCUUGGUGUGCAGAUAAUUGAAGUCUGUCUUGCUCUAAAGCACAGAAAUGGGGGACUCAUCACUCUAGAUGAACUCCAUCAGCGUGUGUUAAAGGGAAGAGGGAAGUUUGCUCAGGAUGUGAGCCAAGAUGACUUGGUACGGGCCAUCAAAAAACUCAAAGCGAUGGGGAAUGGCUUUGGAAUGAUUCCUGUUGGAGGCUCUUAUUUAGUCCAGUCAGUGCCCGCUGAGCUCAACAUGGAUCACACGGUCGUCCUUCAGCUGGCUGAGAAAAAGGGCUACGUAACAGUGAGUGAGAUCAGAGACAGCCUGAAAUGGGAGAAGGAACGGGCCUGUCACGUACUUGACCACCUGCUAAAAGAGGGUCUAGCAUGGUUGGAUUCCCAAGCUGCUGGGGAGCCACAAUACUGGCUGCCCGCCCUGUUCUCUGAACUUUCUUCUCGUGAUGUCACACCUGAGGAGGCUAACCAAAUGACACCAUGAACAGAAGAAAUGAUUUGGUAUAAACUGAGAAAUCAGUGACGAUAAUGUUUUCAACUAGGUUGAAUACUAUCCUUUAUAGUGCUGAAAUCACAAUGUUGAGUGCUUCCUUGAUGUGUGUUUGUGAGAGAUAACUGGUAGCUUGAAUGUCUUGAAAUGGAUAAUAAAUCUUUUAUUUUCUAUAAA